AUGCCGGUGGUGGAGUUCGGUGUGGAAGAUGCACUGAGGGUGGCCGAACCGGCCACCCCACGAGCACCCCGUGCUGAUGGACAACAACAGCAAGAUGCCGAUUCGGCGGAGUGGCACAAAAUGCAAACCUCCAUUGCGUCAUUGCAAGCCCUCGGUGUUCUCAAGGAUCCCGGCAAGCGAGGUCGUCGGCAGUCCUUGCCAGCGAUUCCGUCUCAGGAAAAGAAUCGAGCCACGACCGUUCCGCCGGAUCUCAAUGUAGAAGAUAUACUGGAGACAGAGGACGGGCUACCGCGUCUGGGCACGGCGAAGGUGGGCAUGCCAGCCGGCAUGCCCACACCGCCGUCUCGCGCAGUGCUCAAGACACCCGAUGCUUCGAAGUUCAUGAAGAUGUUUGAGCAGAACCAGUCCCUUCAGCAGGCUGCAGAAACUGCUCCCGGAGCUGGUGGCUUUGGCGGACGGCGAGGCCGACGGUGGACGGUGGUCUCCAACCAGGUGCACAACCUGGCCAACAUCAAGCCGCCCGAAGAGGACGCAAAGCCCACCCCCUCCGAGCGCAGCAUCAACCGAAAUUCGGUUCGAUUGAGCAACCUUCCGACUGGACAAAGAGCUAGCACUGCUCUGCCCACAGGAAGCAGAGGUGGCAAAGUCGGGAAUCUCGACGACCUCUUUGACGAUGAGGAGCUCGGUCUAAAGGUGGGUGGCAAUGCCACCGCUUCCAGUGACGCCCAGGCCUGGAAAGGCUGGUAUAAGAUCAAAAGCAAGGCAAAGACUGCUGACGCAGCGGAGCUGGAGGCUGCAGCCUUCGGCGCUUCGCGUCCCACUUCCAUCCUGGAAACUCUCACCACUGCGCCCGCCGAGCAGACUGGUGCUUCGAAGGAAGUCAUUGAAGCUGCUGGAAAAUGGCAGGCUAUUUGCGAGGAGACAGAAGCAGAGACGGAAGAGAGCUCCAAAUUCGCCGACGACCUGCCACCUGGGAUCGGGAAGCUUGCGGCCGUGUUGGUGAAUCGCUUUGGUUCUUUGGAGAGAGCUUUCUACAACUUCGAUUACAACCGCAAGGGCAAGAUCACAAGAGGUCAAUGGCAGACCGUGUUCGCCACCGUUCGCAUUGACGUGCAGGAGGUCACGGGCAUUCCACAGAAGAAAGUCUUCCGCAUGAUUGCUGCUUUUGGUGAAUCCACAUCGACGUUGGAGAUUUCAUUUGACCAAUGGCGCCUCUUCUUCGAUGCCGAGCUCGCCGGUGGUGAAUGUGCCUUCCUUUGCUCCGAAGAUCGUGGAAGCCAAGCGCCAAAGCGAUGGGAGAAGGUCAAAAAGAUUCCCGGAAAGGCCCUCAAAGCUUUGGUCGAGCACGUCGAUGAGAUGGAGGCACAGCACACUGCCUUGCGCCGGUACAUAAGCGGGGAGGACGUCCCUCCGGAUGCUGCGCAGACCGGAGAGAACCUUUGGUCUUCGAGCUCUGAGGAUUCUAGCGAUUCUAGCGACGGAGAUGGGGAGUCCUCCAAACGCCACCGCAAGGGCAAGAGGCGGGAAGGCGAUGGAGCUCAGGGCGAUACUUCCAGUGACGAAGAGGGUGGCUCUGCUUCUCACAGGUCCCUGAAGCCAACGGAAGAUGGGAACUCGGCUUCUGCGUCCAGUGCUGUCGGAGACGUGCAAGGCGACGGGGACGCCGACAAUACGGCGAGCUCCGAACCCUCUGCAUCGAAAAGCGCUGCAGAUUCCAUGCCCUGGCCCAAAGACGAUUCCAGCGAUUGGGGCAGCUCAGAUUCCGAUGCUGCAGAGGAUGAUGCGAAAAAGACUGCCGUCAAGAAGAGUCUCGGCGCGCAUUCGGGCGUAGAUGCACGCCGGGUGAACCGAGACAAGGUGAUGAAGGCUUUCACUGAGCGUGAUGAUACAGCCAUUGCUCAGCUGAACGAUGACGAGCUACAGGCACUGGCUGAGCAGGUGCAGCUGCAAGAGGAGAUCGAACAGUUCGAUUUGUCGAGCAUCGAUGCCUUCGCCUACGUCCUCCUUGCUAAGAUGGGCUCCUUCAAGAGGGCCUUCAAUUGGUUCGAUUUCAACUGUUCCAAGAAGAUCACGAAUGUCACCUGGGACACAGGUAUCCUGCUGCUCCAUGUGGAUACGGAGAAGCUGACCGGGUUAAAGCCGAGCAACAUCUUCUAUCGCAUGGACACCUGCACAGAGGAUCCACCGACCGGAAUGAUCACCAGGAAGAAGUGGAAGCAGUUCUUCAGCGGCUUCCAAAUUCCGGAGGAACUCAAGAAGCAGCUCGAGGAGGGAAGAAGUUUACGAAAGAGGGCAGCCGCUCGAAUGAAGCAAUACCGGAGAAGAGGAAGCCUCUUCCGAGGAGACAGGGGACAGCGCCUGGCAGUGCAGAGGAGGGACUCUGACAUUGACGAGGUGGAAGAAACGGAAGAGGAGAAGCAGCAACGCCUGGCACAAGAACAGGAGAACUACAGGGAAUGGGUUGAGCGCGAGCUGUCGUCUAUCGGCGAUGGCGAUUACAAGGAUUUCAGCGAUGCCGUCUUCAGAGGUGGAGCUGAGAGCCUUCUGAAUCCAUUUCGGCGCCGUCAGAUCAUGAUGGAAAUUGCCGAGGUGUAUGGCCUUUUCACGCUCUCUCCGGCGGGGCUGGGAAGGAUGCCACCACGUAACAGCAAAAGCCUGGAGCGCGCCCCGGGAGUCCUUGAAUCAGCUAUCAUGCCGGAACCUGGGUGCAUGAGGAUCUACAACAUGAAGUCGUUUUCGGGAAUCAUGAUCGACAAGUUCGAAACUAUGAGAUCAGGGGGUCGCCUCGUGAUCAACGACAUGGGCUUCACCGAAGCGCAGAAGGCCGUUGCACACCUGCUGGCACUGGAUCGGACGCUCGUGGCCGUCUUUGAAAAAUGGGGUGCCGGCGAGCGCUUGGUUGUUCACCACACUGGAUCCUUCGCAUCGGGCUUGAACUCUCAGUUGGACGCCCUCAACGAAGGCGAUGCCGUGACCCUAGCCGCCAAUCUGUCUAACAUCGAGAUGAGAUAUGUCCAGGCACAAGCGGCCAAGAUGGGGAUGACCGUCGUUCGACAGAAGAACGAGAAGGGGGAGGAGACUCUCAAGGUCUUCAACAUGAACGAGUUCGCAAAUACCGUCCGGGAGAAGCUCGCCGAUGUCGGUGUGGGCAAUCGGGCCGUCUUCAAGAACUUGUGCAUCCAGGAGCGGAAGGUCGUCCACAGUGUCGCAGCUGAGAUGGGCUUGCAUUCCAUGGACGGAGAAGAAGGCGAUGACCUCAAGAACGUGAUUGUGACGUCCGAUGUGGAGUUCCAGGCAGAGCAGGCGGCGCGGAUGUCCCAAGCAGCAGAUGGAGGCAGUGGCAACUUCGUCCUUCCGCAGACUGCCCAGCAGCAGAAGGACUUCUGGGCAAUGGCUGACAAGAACGGCUUGUCACUGGAUGCGAGCUUCCAUUCCGGCAAGAGUCGGUUCGAUUUCAAGGGUGGUGAUGUGGUGCACCUGGCGGGGGUGAAGUCGCGAAGCGGCUCCAGCGCUAGCGAUGGCGAUGCGUAUGACGAGAAGCCUGGUGUGCGCUUGGGCUCCAUCGAGCGGGCCACUGAGGCCACGGCUGAGGAGACGUCCGAAGGAAUCGACGUCGACAUCCAGAAGUCCGCGACAGUUGCGUCGCCGACGGUUGAGACCUCCUCCGAGCUGAUUCGGCAGGCAUUCGAUGCUUAUGCCUCGGGCAAUUCCCGCGGGGAAAGAAUUUUUUUGCGCUAUGUGGACUUGAAGGAGUUCGCAAGUGAUUUGCGUUCUGCGAUGCCUGGAAGGAGGAACUCCUUCCGCGAUUUCAAUGUCAUUUUGGAACUUUGUUUCGAUGACACCAUGCAGUUGCAGUCCGAUUUUGGCCUCCGCGUCGGUCCAGGACUCACCCAUCAGUUUUUCCAGGUCUUCAUUCAGAAGGCAUCAGAACGGGCCUGUGUGUGGACGGGGCCCGUCCACAUGCGUCCUGGGUGUGGACGGGGCCCGUCCACGGGGUCCUGGGUCCUGUGCGACGGGGCCCGUCCACAGGGUUCUGGAAAAGACGGGGUUGUCUUGGGUGCGGACGGGGCCCGCCUGGUGCGGACACGGGCCCCGUCCACAGAGGUCCUGGUUGCGGACGGGGCCCGUCCGGUCCUCGGUGCGGACGGGGCCCGUCCACGGGUCCUGGGUGCGGAUGGGGCCCGUCCGCAUGUUUCCUGGUGCGCGUCCACUGCUUACGGUCCUGGGUGUGGAUGGGGCCCGUUUACAGGGGUCCUGGGUGUGGACGGACUGGUGGAGGAUGGAACAUCUCCGAGUCUCUUCGUGAGUUGGGAGAUCGACGGAGGAUUUCUGCGGCCAUCGGCGAACCCCAAGUACGCCCUUUGCGUCGUGGAGGACGGAUGUCAGGAUGGCGGGUGGGUCCAUCUCUGGGAGUCCGAGUCUGCGCCGCCGGCCUGUUCGCAGUGGGUCGACAGCAGCAACUGCCUGCGCUCCCGAGGGAAUCAAGCCUUCGUGCUCUGUGCAAGGCAAGAUUUCCAGGGCAUCCACAUGUGGUCCUUUGAUGGGCCUCCCGACAGAUAUGGCCACUGGGAUCACGAGAUUGCCAGACCAGCGGAACGAGCGAUCCUGGGCAUGACCACGCACGGAGUACUCAGACCCGUCAUUGCGCAGCUCAAGAAAGCGGUGAAGUUGGAUAGGGAGCAGGUGACAGACCUCCAAAGUGCCGAUUUCUUGGAAGGCUUGCAAGCCUUUGCUUUGGUCCUUGAGCUGGUGGGUUGGCAUGUGAACGAUCUUCUCACGACGGAUUUAGAGAAGCUGCGUCGCUCCAUGGCGAAGUACGGGAAGGCGAGCUACCGGGAAUGGCUUCAGAACGAGAUCCCUGUGCACGCCGAAAACGGCUACAAGGAGUACGCGGACGAGUCGGCAGCCAUGGCAAAUCUGUGGGUGGCGAGGAAUCUUCGCUUCUUUGCGGAGAUGUUCGGCCUUCUGGCAGAUGGCCACGAGACGACCGAUGCUGUGCACGUGGCUUAUUCCAGGACGCUGCAGGAUCACCAUGGCUUCAUACAGCGCCAGGCGUUUUUCCUGGUCAUGGCCCAGAUCCCCGACGGAGCGAAGUUACUCAGGGUUCUUGAAGGUGAAGUUCUGAUCGGCACCGAGAAAGUGGUACAGGAGUUGCUCGAGCUCUCAGAUGUUGGGACCCGUAUCUCCGACUAUUUGUUCCAGAUGGAUAGGGAAAUCGUGAUGGAGAACGAGACGCGCCAGGAGCAGUUUGAGGUCGAUGCAGCGUAUGGCAGGGCAUAG